GUUGCUUUCUAUUUUAACUGCACCACACCUCAAUUGCCUAGUAACUCACCCCACUGACUGUGGUUACGAAUCAUCUCCUGCCUGUCCUUUCUAUCAUCUGUUGCAUACUAUCUUUGAUUUAUUUCUGUUUUCCCCUUCCUCAGCCCUAUCAGUCCGUUUCCAAUCCCCCUGCCAAAUUAGUUUAAAUCCUCUCUAACAGCUCUAUUAAACCUGCCUGCUCGGAUAUUGGUUCUCUUUGGGUCGGUUCUUUUUUUGUACAGGUUUUACCUCCCCCAGAAGAGGCCCCAAUGAUUCAGGAAUCUGAAGCCCUACCCCUUAUCAACAGCGUUGUGUGCAGGGACCCGAUACGUCAGAUUUUAGCCUCUGAGACAUAACAAUGUCGUGGGAAAUUCCAGAUAGUUCACAAAGUAGUUAACGACAGCGGCUAACUGUAUUCACGGGGAUUUAAACACCCUACCGUGAACGGCCUCCGGGCGCCGCAGAGUUCCCAGAGCGGGACACUUGCCGACGACAGCAUCGAAGAAAACUUCUUAUUGAUCAGGACGUCCAGCUCUCGCCACGCAUUUCUUUUCCCACGGCACAAUCUCAAGAGACUGUUCUGUGUGAUAAUCUCAGGGGAAUCAGUGGUUUCUGAGAUACUCAAACCACCCCAUCUGGCACCAUCCAUGGUCAAAGUCACUUGGAUCGCGUUUCUUCACCACACCGUUCUGAUGGUUUGGUCUGCACAACAAAUGAGCCUCUGGACCAUGAGCCGACAUCAUCACGUCCAUUUCAGUCACUCUCUCUAUACCUACUACCAUCACGUGGGAUAUACUUACAUGUGAGAAGAUUUCCCACCAGGCUCAAAGGAAGAUUCAUUCACGCUGUGAUAGAGCUCUUCAAAGGACAUCUUGUACAAUAAAGGAGUCACAGGAGGUCUACGAGGUUGGUUGUGCCUCAGCUGGCGGCAGUUUGCAGACAUGAACAGUCCUAUUUUACUGUUGGUGUUGGCUGUCUUUGCAAAGAUCUCGUGGGAGGAAGAAAUCAAGCUGGUCUCAGUCACUGGAGACUCCGUUUGGUUUCCUGGCAUGGAAGCAGAUCAAAGGCACCAGAUUGGGGUGUUCCAAUGGAAGAAGGUCAGCAGGAACGAUACGAAGGAACAUUUGAAACCGAUUCUGAAGUUUCACAAGAGCAGCAAGGAGCCUGCCUUGAUUCAAAAUUACAGCAGGCGCAUCACUUUCUCGACGUUUAAUGGGUCAUUUAGCAUUCAUAACAUAACACGUGAAGAUGAAGGUCUGUAUCGGCUGUUCAUCAACCGGAAAAGAGUCGCAGUGCAGGCGGUUUGGGUGAGAGUAAUAGAUAAACUCUCAGCAGUUUCUUUGAGGAGUAACUCCAACUCGUUGGGUGAUACCAUCCAGCUCAGCUGCAACAUCAGUGGAUACCCACAUCAGUAUCAGUGGCGGAAAGACGGAGGGAGGAUCGGCCCACGUCACCAGCUAGUGAACGGGAACAGAGUCCUCGUCAUCCCAGGGGCCUCGAGUGCUGACUGUGGAACGUACACCUGUAUUGCAACGAAUCCUGUCAGCUCCGUCCAGAUAAGUCACAGCCUGACUAUUUAUGGUAUUCCCCCAGUUCAGAUUAUCGUCAUUAUGCUUGGGACUGCAGGUCUGUUGUUCUUUGGAGUGAAUGUUCUUGGAUCUAUUGCAUUCUGUACCUUUAAGUCAAUGUCAGAGCAAGAAUCUCGUUGGAAACUAUAUCUCUUCUUAAUGUGGAUGAUUUCCUGGCACAUUCCGUCUCUCCUUGUCAUUCAGUUGGCGCUCAUUUCCUGGAGUAUUGUUGAAGGUAUUGUUACUCUACCAAUAAUUAUUUUAUUCGCUGUGUCUUUCCUGCUGUUACUCAUGCCUGAACUAGGAAAGAUUAACAGUGGUCUGGAACAUUGUGUUUCCGUGGCUGUACCGCUUAGUGGACUUCUUAUGAUCUGCUUAUCCAAUUACAUCCUGAAGGAAAAGUUUCACCAGUUGAAUAAAGGCUGUCACAGCCUCACUCUGACCUGGGGAACGUUCCUCGCAUCAACAGCUGUGAUUGGAUUGAUCCACUCCGUGUACUUUGCAGUGUGUCACUAUUAUCGAAACAAGGCACAAGCAGGAGACAUUAAACAGCUGAUUGGGGAAACGCAUGACCUGGAAGCUGAAUCAAGUUACAAAGUUGAAUCCAAGAAGGUUCUGGUUGUUUAGGCUGGACACAACAGUCUUCGCUUGCUGAUCUGAGAGGAUGAUGUUCUCUGUUUUCCUGCUAUUAACUCAAGCUUGAAAUACUCAAUGUUGUCAGUUUUAAGUAAGCUUAUCCUGUGUGAAGGCAAUAUUGCAAACAGUGUCUUUUCUUGGUUUCCAGAGAGAAAUUUUCAGCCUGACAAUCCAGCACCACUGUCCUUAAUGCUGGAAUUAUAGGUCUAGAUUCCAUGAAGGAAUAAAGGGGCUCACCCACCCCAGCAUCCCAUUCACCCAGAGGUUACAGGGACUCACAGCCGAGAGUCUUCUGGAAACAUUUAAGGAUUUUGGAAAAUUUUCAGGAAAUAAACUUAGUUUGAAUAAAAGUGAAUUGUUUCCAUUGACUGCUCCUGUUAGUACAUAUAAUGAUAUUCAGUUUUGAAUUGUUAAUACAUUUAGAUAUUUAGGUAGUAUAAUUACUAAAUUACUGAUUACUGAUAUAAUUACUGAUAUAGUUCCUGUAGUAGACGCCAGGAAACUGCUAUUUUCUAGAUGAAAUCCACUUACUCUUUCCUUAAUAGGUCAUACCUAUGCUAAGAAAAUGGUGAUUUUACCUAGAUUGUAAUAAAUUUUCCAAAAUAUACCUAUCUUUUUAACUAAAAAUUUUUUUGAUCAAAUUGACUCUCUUAUUUAUUCCUUUAUUUGGAACAAUAAGAGACCAAGAAUUAACAAGUACCAUUUACAAGAACCCAAAAAAGAUGGUGGACUUGCACUCCCUAAUUUAUUGGGCUAUGAAUAUUAGACAAUUAUGUUUUUGGUUAUACUGGUUUGAUAAGAGCCAAAAACUACUAUGGGUUGAUUUGGAAUUAAAAGCUGUUAAACAAUUUCAUUUAACUUCAAUAUUAGGAGCUCCAUUACCUUUAAAGCUCUCUAAAAUUCCAAAUUUAAAUUUUUACCCGGUUAUUAAACAAUCUUUACGGAUUUGGAUUCAGUUUCGCAAUUUUUUUGAAUUUUAAACAAUUUAAGUUGUCUAGUUUUUUAUAUCGAAACAUUUCAUUUAAACCUUCAAUAACCAUGGAGAAAUAAAGGGAUCCGUUUUUUUACAGAUUUAUUUUGUGAUGGCCGAUUGAUGACUUUUGAAGAGUUAAUUAACAAAUACUCUCUCGCUCAUACAUAUUUUUUUGCAAUCUUUUCAGGUUAGAUAUUUUUUACAACAAUAUUUACCUAAGUUUCCUUAUCUACAUGAAUCUGAUUUGUUGGAUAUCAUUUUGAAGUUGAAUCCUUUAGUGAGAGGUUCCAUUAGCAGAAUUUAUAAUUUAUUUUUGUUAUAAAAAGAGAACCUACCACUAAAGAUUAAACAAGAGUGGGAGAGAGAACUUAAUAUGACCUUUGUUAAUGAAGGUUGGGUUUGAAUUUUGAAAAACGUAAAUUCUUCUUCUAUAUGUGCCAACCAUUGUUUUAUUCAAUUUAAAAUUGUCCAUCGUUAUUACUUAACAAAGGAGAGACUAUCUAAAAUAUUCCUUAGUGUAGAUAAUUACUGUGAUAGAUCUAAAACUGAAGUAGCUACUUUGUUACAUAUGUUCUGGUCAUGUUCCUCAUUAAAACUGUUUUGGAAAUCUUUAUUUUCUACAAUUUCUAAAGCACUGUAAAUUAAUUUACAACCGAAUAGACUAACUGUUCUAUUUGGAAUAGUUCCACAUCUUAUUCAGGGUAUUUCAUUUUCAGAUCAACAUGUAAUUGCAUUUGUUAUAUUGUUGGCAAGAAGGGCUAUUUUAUUAAAAUGGAAAGAUAUCUCUUCCCCUACAUUAAUUGAAUGGUUUUCUCAAGUAAUGUUAUGUCUCAGUUUGGAAAAAAUUAGAACUUUGGAACCUCGAUUCAAUUUUGAGAGAAGAUGGGGUUCUUUUGCCAAAUAUUACCAUUUAAUUUGAAUUAUUUUAUAUGGUUUCCUUCCAAUUUUAUUAUUUUUUAAAAAAAUAUGAAUUGACAGUUAAUGCCUUUUUUUCCUUUAUAUAUUUAGAUUAUGGUUAAACAUUGCUUCUGGGGGUUGAUUCCUAAUAGUUUUUUCCCCUUUUUUUAAUUUUUUUUCUUAGUUAGAUGGGUUCUUUUAUUUUUCAUUUUCUCUAUGUAUAAUUUUUUUCCAUUUUUAUAUAUUACGAUCAGUUUUUUCAGCUCUAUUAAUUGUAUUCGCAUUAAUUUGCUGAAGUUUUGCAUUAUUCUGUAGCUGUAGAAGAUUUUGUAUAAAUA